AUGCUCUGUAAGGUAUUUCCGGUGAAGAAUGUAUCACGUCUCUUAUGCCUGGUUCCCCCGGCACCAUGCUAUACUUUUCCACUUUCUCUUCUUGCAGGGAUUGUUUCCAUUGCCACCCUAACGGUGCUGGCCUAUGAACGUUACAUUCGCGUGGUCCAUGCCAGAGUGAUCAAUUUUUCCUGGGCCUGGAGGGCCAUUACCUACAUCUGGCUCUACUCACUGGCAUGGGCAGGAGCACCUCUCCUGGGCUGGAACAGGUACAUCCUGGACGUACACGGACUAGGCUGCACUGUGGACUGGAAAUCCAAGGAUGCCAACGAUUCCUCCUUUGUGCUUUUCUUAUUUCUUGGCUGCUUGGUGGUGCCUCUGGGCGUCAUAGCCCAUUGCUAUGGCCAUAUUCUGUAUUCCAUUCGAAUGCUUCGUUGCGUGGAAGAUCUUCAGACAAUUCAAGUGAUCAAGAUUUUAAAAUAUGAAAAGAAACUGGCCAAAAUGUGCUUUUUAAUGAUAUUCACCUUCCUGGUCUGUUGGAUGCCUUAUAUCGUGGUCUGCUUCUUGGUGGUUAAUGGUCAUGGUCACCUGGUCACUCCAACAAUAUCUAUUGUUUCGUACCUCUUUGCUAAAUCCAACACUGUAUACAAUCCAGUGAUUUAUGUCUUCAUGAUCAGAAAGUUUCGAAGAUCCCUUUUGCAGCUCCUGUGCCUCCGACUGCUGAGGUGCCAGCGGCCUGCUAAAGACCUACCAGCAGCUGGGAGUGAAAUGCAGAUCAGACCUAUCGUGAUGUCACAGAAAGAUGGGGACAGGCCAAAGAAAAAAGUGACUUUCAACUCUUCUUCCAUCAUUUUUAUCAUCACCAGUGAUGAAUCACUGUCAGUUGACGACAGCGACAAAACCAAUGGGUCCAAAGUUGAUGUGAUCCAAGUUCGUCCUUUGUAGGAAUGAAGAAUGGCAACGAAAGAUGGGGCCUUAAACUGGAUGCCACUUUUAGACUACCAUCGUAAGAAGUGUCUGGAAUACCCGUUCUAUGUAGUAUCCACAGAACUUUGUGGUCCAGCAGGAAAUCCGAAUUGCCCAUGUGCUCUUGGGCCUCAGGAAGAGGUUGAACAAAAAUAAAUUAUUUUAAUUCAACGGGUGCUUUACAUAAUGAAAAAACCACUUGUGGCAGACGAUGGGCAUCUAACAUCAUCUUCUAAUGUGUUGGAGAUUUUCAUUUCAAAUAUAUUUUUUAAAUUACUCUAUUUUCCAAAACACGUAAUACAUUUUUCUCGAAAAUACCUGACUGUAAAAAUAACUGUCGCAUACACAUGUGUGAAGUAGCUAGAACAUACUGAAUUUUUUUGUACUGUUGGACUCUAUUCAGUGUCAUGUCCUAUGUCGAAGUUAUCAAGGAGAUAAUUCUAGAAUGAAAAAGAAAAUCCUCUUGUUGGAAACAAAAGACUUUUUAUAUGUGCACUAUGACAAAGAGGAGUUUCAGAGACAUCUUUGAAUCCUUGUCAGCCUGGAGACCAGCACCAGAGGAAUCUACAAGGCAAACUCCCAUAUAUUUGCUUCCCCCAAAUUGCUGCCCCUACAGACUCAAAGCUCUUUUUCUUUGUUUUGUUGUUUUUCUAAACAUUUACUGUUCUUUGUUGAUGCUGUAUAAGCCAGGGAGUUCUAAGAUGCCAGCUCUUUGAGAUUUGCUCAUUCCCCUGUAUUUCUACCUGUAUUUCCCACAUAUAUUAUAUAUAUCUGCUAAUAAACUUAUGUUUGUUUUUCUCUUGU